AUGUAUCGCGUAUCGUACGAUACUGACAACUAUGACUACGCCAGUUGGGCACUUCGUGGUGCAGAGGAGAGGUACCCAUCGAUGGAGAAACUCACCUUCGCUUUGGUUAUAGUAGCCUGCAAGCUCAAGCCAUAUUUCCAAGCCCACACGGUGAUUGUCCUGACAGACAAGCCCUUAUGGCGAGCAAUGAGCAAUCCUGAGGAUGCUGAACGAAUGGCACUAUGGCCUAUAAAGUUGAGUGAAUUUGACGUACAAUACCGCCUGCUAACUUCAUUGCGAAGUUCACUAACAUGGAAUGCUAAGGGGCAAAAGAAAGGGGACGAGAUCGAAUGCAUGUUUCGUCUCGACUUCCCUACGACCAACAACGAAGCAGAGUACGAAGCUCUAAUUGCGGGACUAGAUCUCGUUAAAGCAGCAGGGGCCGUGAGAGUGGUUAUUCAUUGCGAUUCCCAGGUCGACACAAAUCAAGUAAAUAGUGAUUACGAAUGCAAGGGCGAGAGGAUGAAGAAGUACCUGGAGCAAGUAAAGAGAAGGGUGGACGAUCUACAAGCUAAGAUUGUUCAAAUCUCUAGUGGAGAGAACGAGCAAGUCGACCAUCUUGCCAAGGCCGCAUUAGCAGAACUCAUGAUCACCCCCAACAAGGUACUUUCCUUCGUUCAGCUUUCACCAUUAAUAGAUCCCAUCCAUAUGCAGGAGAUAGGUUCUGAAAGUAACUGGACGACACCAUUAGUCUUCUACUUGAAAAACGGUGCACUACUAGACAGUAAGGAAGCCGCAAGGAAGCUGAAGGUCAAAGCAACACGAUUCGUAUUGAUAAGUGAUGUCUUGUACAAGAGAGGCUUCUCCUGCCCAUUCCUAAGAUGCUUAAGCCUCGAAGAAAUGUAUUAUGACAUGAGAGAAGUACACGAAGGGAUCUACGGGAACCACUCAAGGUCACGGUCAUUGGUACAUAAACUAAUUCGAGCUGGAUAUUACUGGCCUACUAUGCAAAAGGAUGCCCAGGCUUAUGUAAAAGCCUGCGACAAAUGUCAAAGAUUCAGCAACAUCAUCAGACAGCCGACGGAAGAACUGACCCCGAUGACAGCCUCGGGGCCAUUCGCUCAAUGGGGACUCAACAUCAUGGGUCAAUUCCCAAUAGCAAUGCGGCAGCUAAAGUAUGAGAUCCCCAAAGUCUUGGUCUCAGAUAAUGGGAAACAGUUCGACAACGACUCCUUCAGGGAUUUUUGCUCGCAUUUAGGAAUCAAGAACCACUACUCCUCCCCCGCCCACCCUCAAGCCAACGAGCAGGUUGAGGUCACGAACCGAUCCUUGUUUAAAAUUAUCAAGACUCGGCUCGAUGGGGCAAAUGGUGUAUGGCCAGAAGAGCUAUCAAGCGUACUAUGGGCGUAUAGAACAACAACCAAAACACCUACAAGAGAGACAUCGUUUCAACUAGCAUAUGGAAGCGAGGCAGUCAUCCCAGCAGAGGUUGGACUCACAAGCUACAAACACUACAACUCCCGAGUCAGAUACAGAGACUUCAAGGUUGGAGACCUCAUCUUGAGGAAGGUAAUGGGCGUCGCUAGAGACCCCACCCAAGGAAAGCUCGGCCGUAACUGGGACGAACCAUAUAGAAUUACGUCAUGGCACAAGAAAGACACCUAUCACCUGGAGACACUAGACGGACAGAAGUUGUACCAUCCAUGGAAUACCGAGCAUCUCCGAAAAUACUACCAGUAG